UGAUCCGGAAAUCAGAGGCGCGCGCGCGGACCGGGUGAUUGGCCAGCUUCCGGGAGCGGUUGAAAGAGCGGCGUCGGAAAGUGCAGCCCCUUCUGGUGUCCCCCUGUGCCAUUCCCGGUGCGAAGUUCCGAGCCGGCGGGAUGAAGGGAGGAGCCUCAAAUUACUGGAGGUCAGAUCUAAGCGGCAACAUGGACUCACUGGACGAGACUGGAGGUUCCUCAACAGAGGAAACUGGAAAUUCCUUAACUGAGAACUACUUUGUAAAUUACACUUUCACUGACCGUUCUCAUUCAGGCCGUGUGGCCCAAGGAAUUAUGAAGUUGUGCUUAGAGGAUGAGCUCUUUGCCGAUGUCACCAUCUCUGUAGAAGGCAAAGAAUUCCAACUGCACCGGCUAGUUCUCUCAGCUCAGAGCUGCUUCUUUCGUUCAAUGUUCACUUCCAAUCUGAAGGAGGCACAUAACCGGGUGAUUGAGUUACAAGAUGUUAGUGAGAGUGUCUUUCAGCUCCUUGUGGACUACAUUUAUUAUGGAACUGUAAAGUUGAGGGCAGAAGAUUUGCAGGAGACUUACGAAGUAGCAGAUAUGUACCAACUAACCGCCCUCUUUGAGGAAUGUUCCCGUUUCUUGGCUCGAACAGUGCAAAUGAAAAACUGUUUGCAAAUUAUGUGGUUGGCUGAUCAGCACAGUGAUGUGGAGCUCUAUACGGCUGCCAAGCACUGUGCCAAGUCAUACUUAUCACAACUUCAAGAAACUGAGGAGUUUCUGCACCUUCCUCUCCGCCUCCUGACAGAUAUUGUCUCAGAUGGGGUUCCAUGUUCACAGAAUCCAGCAGCUGCCAUAGAAACCUGGAUUGGCUUCAAUAAAGAAGAGCGUGCAGGUUUCUCAGAGAUACUGCGAUCAAGUUUAAAGGAAAUUGGAGAGAACGUUCAUAUCUACCUGAUUGGAAAGGAGUCAUCCCGUACACAUUCCCUUGCUGUCUCACUGCAUUGUGCAGAUGAUGACUCCAUCAGUGUUAGUGGUCAGAACAGUUUGUGUCACCAAAUCACUGCCGCUUGCAAGCAUGGUAGUGACCUCUAUGUUGUUGGAGGAUCCAUUCCACGACGCAUGUGGAAAUGCAACAACACCACGAUAGACUGGGAAUGGUGUGCCCCCCUGCCCCGUGACAGGCUACAACACACUCUGGUUUCUGUGCCCAGCAAGGAUGCGAUCUAUUCACUGGGGGGCAAGACACUGCAGGAUAUCCUCUCAAAUGCCAUCAUAUACUACAGAGUAAGAGACAAUGUAUGGACAGAGACUAGCCAGCUGGAAGUUGCAGUGUCUGGGGCUACGGGUGUAAAUCUCAACGGUGUCAUUUAUUUGUUAGGCGGGGAGGAGAAUGACCUUGAUUUCUUUACCAAGCCCUCUCGGCUUAUCCAGUGUUAUGAUACAAAUACAGAGAAGUGUCAUGUAAAGCCUUACGUGUUACCCUUUGCAGGGCGCAUGCAUGCUGCUGUGCACAAGGACCUGGUGUUCAUUGUAGCCGAGGGGGAUUCGCUGCUGUGCUAUAACCCUCUGUUGGAUAGCUUCACGCGGCUCUGCUUGCCAGAUGCCUGGAGCUCAGUACCAUCUCUUUGGAAAAUUGCUAGUUGUAAUGGCAACAUCUACAUCUUCCGGGAUCGUUACAAAAAGGGAGAUGCCAACACCUUCAAACUCAAUCCAGCCACUUCUGUGGUGACUGUCAGCAGUGGCCUCAAGGUGCUACUCACAAAUUUGCAGUUUGUGUUGGCAUGA